UAUAUUGUAGAACCGCUAACUGGACAGCCAUACUUUCUUCUCCAUUCAGAGAUGGCAUCUUCUGCUUUAGCAGCUCCUUUAUGUCAUUAGGUUGUUUCUUGCUCAGCUUUGUCCUCAGUUUACUGACGUUACAUACAACGUUUAAAAAAAUGGCGCCCGCUGUUGGCGAUAGGGAGCAAAAAAGGAAUUAUUCCUCUUGCGUGUGGAACUUCUGUGAGACCAGCUGACUUCUGUUCCCAUGGUUGACGCCUGGUAUCGAUGUGACGUCACCCUCCGUACGGUCGUGCGUGCCGGAUACCCUUGCCUCAUGUGGUGCAAUCAGCUGAAGAAAUGACGGCAGCAACACGGAAAGAAGUUCUAAACCUUUAUCGCAACAUUUUCAAGAUAGCUAAAAAAUGGCAGUCGGCUUCUGGGCUAAAGGAAGAUACUACGAAGGAAAAACAAUACAUUAUUGGUGAAGCCAGAACGCUGUUCAAUAAAAAUAAAAAUGUAACCAAUGUAGAAACUAUUAAUCAGUGCAUUGAGGAAUGCAGAGCCCGAGUGGAAAUUGGAUUACAUUACAGAAUUCCGUACCCCAGACCUACCCACCUUCCUCCUAUGGGACUUGCAAUACCACACAGUAAGGUUCUGCGAACCCAAGAAAAAUUAAGGAAACAAGCCAAACCAGUCUACUUAAAAUCAUACGAUGAAGUGUCCUAG